AUGCCCGCGGAGAGCUACCCGGACGAGCGGCUUGACAGCACGCUGGCAACGUUGACGCACAUUUUCUGCGAGGAGUUCAAGGUCGAGAAUGACGCGGAUGUCGAGUGGCUAGUCUUUACCUUCUCUCCUGGCCGCGUAAACCUGAUUGGUGAGCACGUCGACUACAUGGAGGGGUGGACUUGCCCGGCGGCGGUGCUGGAGGGCACACACAUCCUUGUGGGGCGCGUGAAGCACUUCCAGAAGGAAGCGAAGCCGAAGGUUCGCUUCUACGCAACGUACACGAAGGAGCACUUCGACAUAGACCACCUUGGCGGGUCUGUGCAUAACAAGGCGUGGACAACUUUUGUGCGUGGUGCAAUGACGCUGCGACUCAACCACCUCGGCGUUGCCAUUGAGGACGCGUCCCUCAACGGGGUAUGCAUGGUAGUGCACGGCACCCUCGCCAUGGGUGCCGGCAUGAGUGCAUCGGCUGCCUUCGGCGUCGCGCUCAUUCACGCUAUCAACGCUGUUGUCACGAAGAGCUACAAGGGUUGUCCCACCUCGAGCGGCCGCCGCUAUGCUAUUGUACCGUCGAUGCCCAAGGAAGAUCUGAUGGAACUGGCCAAGGAGGCGCGCCUUAUCGAGACGGAAUACUGCGGCGUGAAUGUCGGCAUCAUGGAUCAGUUCAUCUCUGCCUUCGCGGAGGCAGACAAGUUUAUGUUCCUGGAUUGCAAGCACCUCACCUUCGAGCCCAUCGACAUGACACCUCUCCUGGGCCACGGCGAGUACUCGUGGAUGCUGAUUGACUCGAUGAUCAAGCACGACCUGCUCGGUGGAACGGCUCAGAUGUACAACUCGGUUCGCAUCGAUCAGGAGAACUCGCAGAAGAAAAUCGCUGAGCACCGUUACCGUGGCAAGCCGUACUCCUUCUCCCUGAUGGUGCGCAACCCAGAGCAGUACGGCUUCGACGGUGACGUGCAAAAGUUCAUGGCGGAGUUCAAGCCUCUCAUGACACCCGGAGAGUUUGAGCGCGGCAGCUACCAGAUCAUGGAGCAGCUGCGCACGUUGGAGUUCCGCAAGUUGAACGACCCGACGUUGCCGUUGUCACGUGAGGAGCGUGUCAAAAAGGCCGGCGACAUUUUGAACGCCGGUCACGUGGGUAUGCGCGACCUCAUGAAGAUCACCACCCCCGAGCUCGACUACAUCCACGAGCUCAUCAACAAGGAUAAAGACGUCGCCGGUGGUCGUAUGAUGGGUGGUGGCUUUGGGGGCUGCAUCAUUAUGCUGCUCCGCCGCAGCGCUGAGGACCGGGUCUUGGCGCACGUUCGCAAGCAUUUCAGGGCCCGCUUCAAUAUCGAGAACUCUGGCUACAAGGUGAAGCGCGCCGGCAGCGGCGGCUUCGUCGUUUCGUUGGAGGGAAAGAAUAUGAGCGAUGCUGGCAGUAAGCUCUGA